AUGGUUGGCGUUUGGGUGCUUUGGUGGCUCUGCCAGAUAACAUUCGUUUUUCCCAGCUUAUCCAGUAAAUCCCGCAUAGUGGGUGGCGUGGAGACCUCCAUUGAUCAGGUUCCAUAUUUGGUUUACAUUCGACAAAGUGGUUUCUUUAUCUGCGGAGGAUCCCUUAUCUCUACCAGCGUAGUCCUGAGCGCAGCACACUGUGUCCAUGGAUCCCAGCCAGAGAAAUUUACAAUUCAUGCUGGCGCCAGUCGGUUAAAUGAAGAUGCUCCCGUGAUCCGCAGCGUGGCCAUGUUCCACACUUCGCCCAGUUACUCUUCCACUAACUUCGACAUGGACGUGGCUUUACUGCUCCUUCAGGAACCUGUUUCUUUAAUUCCCGGUAAAGUGGCCACGAUAACUCCUUGUCGCAACUCUCCUGAGGCGAAUGCAUAUGCCAGAAUCAGCGGAUGGGGAGUAACUCGCGAGAAUAACCGCGAUCCCGCUGAGCAAGUCCGCACGGCCAUGGUGCGCGUGCUGUCAAGUACGGAAUGCCAGCUGUCCUACGGCGUAGCGGCUCAACUAACUGAUUCCAUGCUCUGCGCUGCUGUUCGUGGUCUCCGGGAUUCCUGCUCCGGCGAUUCAGGAGGUCCACUCGUCUACCGCGGACAGGUUUGUGGCAUUGUAUCUUGGGGAUUUGGCUGCGCUUCGCCACUUUUUCCAGGCGUUUACACCAAUGUGGCUAGUAGAAGGGUUCAUGACUUCAUCGAAAACACUCUAAUCAAAAUUAGGAACUAGCUUAAAACAAAUUUAAAAAAUCUUUUAAAUAGGCAAAUAGAAAUCUUCGAAAAACUUCAUAAACUUUCCUUUCUUAAAAAUUGUAUACGAGUCUGUAAAAGUUAUGUUCAGUAAAAUAAAGUUUAUAAUCAGUACCCUUUUUGGAAGAACAUAAAAUCGCUUCAAAAUUAUGGUAAAAGGGGUCUAGAUAGAUGUAACUAGAUAGAUGUCGGAAAU